UGCGGCGGCGGGUCACGUGCAUGCAAUUACCAACAAAGGUAAUUAAUGAUUUCUGAAUAUUUCUCAGGAUUCGAACCGAUUCACAAUAUAAUUCUCCAUUACAGUCCAAUUGGGUUGAACACGUCAAAAUGUUCUCAAAGCUUAAGACCUUCUCGGAGGACAUGGCGAAGAGUUUCAAUGAUAUGAAUUUGAACGAGGCCGGAACAGGACCGGAACGACGUCCGAAUCCCAUUACUGAAUUAAAGAAUGAAUCAAAAGUGUUGGCCACACAAACUCCAGAUGCUUCUGAGUUAACUCAACCAGAAGAUGAACCAGUUAUUGAAAGUAAAUCACCCACCCCAGUGGCCAAAAAGUCUGUAGGCACAGAUCCAGUUCAUAAUAAGGAAGUGGAGAAAUCAGACAAGCCAGAGUCUGUAAGAUCAGAAACAUCAGCAGAACCAGAGAAAUCACCAGAACCACAAACACCUCAGAAAGUAUUGGAACCUCCAAAAGCAGUGGAACCUUUGAAAGUAGAAUUACCUCCGACAGUAGUGUCCAAAUUAAAGAAAUUUGUCAAAUAUGAGGAAAAGUAUCCCAUCUUGUUACAAGCCUAUAAGACUGAGAAACGUAAAGGAGAAUUGAUAAUCCUAUUCGAACGAGUUCUUAAAGAACAUACACCUGUGUCUAGUAUUUCCGAUGCAGGGGCAUUGGUAGAGUAUCUUAAUGGAUUAAAUGAAAAGAAUAAUAUGUUGAAUGCUGAAAUGAGAAGGUAUGCAAAGGAAAAUACUGAAUUGACAAAAUCCAAUAUCAGUCUAUCGGAAAAGCUUGAUAAAUCAAAUACUGAUUUAGAACGAGUUAAUGCUGCACAAGCUGAAUUAACUUUAAAACUUAAAGAGAAAGAAGUUCAAGACACUGAGGCUGAUAAUGAAGAGAUUGAAAAGUUAAAGGAUCAAUUAAAUUCGACUGUAAAGGAAAAUGAGGAAUUUAAGCAUAAAAUUACUGAUUUGGAGACCAAAUUAGAUGAGAAUGUGAAACAAAUAGAACAAUUCAAAUCACAAGCAGAGGAUCAUAAUUCUUUAGUGGAAAAAUUAAAUGUAGAACUUGAAGCUGCUAAAUCUGCAGUAGAUGUACAAGCCUUGCAAAAGGAAAUUGAGGUGUUGAAAGACUCAGUCAACGAAAAAGAAAAAGAGAUAUCAUCAAUCAAAUCAGUAGAGACAAAAAGAGAAGUUGUACAUAGUCCAGCUAAUAAUGGUAGCAAGGGAAAAAAGAAAAAGUCCAAGAAGAAGAAGAACGGAACUCAGGAACCUGAACCAGAAAAUGAACCAGAGAAUGAGACAGUUGAAGAUGCGGAAAUAGAGAAACUUAAAAGUUCAUUAGAAACACUUGAAAGUGAAAACAAGACAUUAAUUGAAGAAAAUAGGAAAAUCAAGCAAGACUUAAGAUUACAAAUUGAGGAAGUUGAAGAAUUGAGAGAUCUGUUAAAAAACAUAGGAGAUGAUUUAGUUCAAAGUCGAGAUGAAGUAAAGUCAUUAAAACAAAGUACUCCAACAUUGAUAGACGACAAUCAAGCCUUAAAAGAAAAGUCAUUAUUGAUUGAUAAUCUCAGCAAAGAUAAGGACAGUCUUGAGAAGCAAUUGAAUGAUAUUAGUGAUAAGCUAGACAAAGCCUUGCAAGAACAUGAGUCUAAAUCUAAGGAAUAUGUAGCCGAGAUUGAAAGCUUAAAGAAGUCAGAGAGCAAUCUCAAUGAAUCAAUUGAUAUUGUCAGACAGAAUUUACGUAAGGCAGAAGACACUAUAACUCUGUUAGAGAAGAGUAUCACCGUAUUGAGAUCAGAAAAGGAAGGGUUAAACACCAGGAUCACUGAAUUAUCUAAAUAUAAAAGCAGUGACACAUCACUCAAAUUGGAAAUCAAUACUCUUAGAACUACCUUAAUUCAUAAGGAUAAACAAAUUGAGGAUUUAAAGCAAAAAGUAAAUGAUGUCACUUCCCAAAGAGAUCAAUUAAAUCAAACGGCUACUAAGUUAAAGGCAACCAAUGCUGAUUUACAACACAGCAGUAAAAUCUUAGUUGCUGAGAAGAAUCAGUUACUCACCAAACAAGAAUUAUCUAUUGAAAAGACAAGAGCUUUAUCUGCAGAAUUACAGAAGUUACAGACUGAAAAGCAUAAAGCUGUUACUGAGUUGGAAAGAUUAAGAUCUAAACAUGAUUCUAUAGUUAAGGAAGCAGCAAGCAGCAAUUCUGAUUACCUUUCUUUCAAGCAGCAAUAUGAUGAAUUGUCAAUGAAAACUAAAGAAUCAUCCAUAAGAAUUGAGAGUUUGGAAGAUGAUUUAAGUGAAGCCAGAAACCUUUUGCAAGAAAGAACAAGAGAAGCUUCAACAAUCAGAAGAUUACUUGUUGAUGCUGAAGAACAAGUACGUCUUAAAGAGUCGGAGCAUAAAUCUGAAAUUAAAAGGAUUCAAGAAGAAUUAUUGGAUGAACAGACCAAUAUUCAAAGCCAAUUAAAAAGAAAGCAACGAGAAAUUGAUGAACUCAAAUCAAUUACCGAUAGUUACUUGCUGAAAAUUCAAGAUUUAGAGAAGAACUUGAAUGAAUCUAAAGAGAAAAACAACGAGCUAGAGAAUAGUUUCUCACAGGAAUCUUCACAAGCAGUUGUUGAUCCCGAUAAUUCUUUUGAAGAUACUCAACAAACCAUACAAACAUUGAGACAGUCAUUACAACUUUCAGCUAAAAAAGUGAGAGAGUAUGAGAAUGUCAAUGGAGUACUUAAGAAAUUGAAUGAAGAAUCCAACUUAAAAUUCGAGAGAUUAUCGAAAAACUAUAAGAUCAUCACUCAACAAUAUAGACAAAUGAAGUCAUCUCAGGGUUCUCCUGCUUCCAGUAAUGGUCAUUCUACUGAUUCUUUACCAGUAAGAACUCCACGUCAAUCAUUAGAUGAUAGCGGAGAACAGAAGGAGACAAAUACAGCAUACUUAAAGAAUGUAUUACUAGGCUUCUUUGAGCAUAAAGAACAAAGGGAUAUGUUAUUACCGGUAGUGAAAACUAUAUUCAAUUUCUCAGAUGAUGAUGAACGAAAAUUUUUACUUGCAUUGAAGUGAGAUUAUUAAAACUGGUAAAUAUGUAUAGAGAUAACUUUUUGUAUGUGUGUAGAGAAUUUGCAUCAUUUUUCGCAUCUUAUCGCUGUGAAAAGUUUACCUGAAAAAUUCCAUAUAUAACUAAAUAAAAGUAUUAGAAAC